CCUCGCUUGGAAGAAGAGUCGCCACGGCGCAGUAUACAACCAUAACAAGAGAUUUCAAGCUAACUUUCCUAAGAAAGGGUUUUUAACUAUUUAAGAUAACUUGUAACUGAGGCAAAAUGCCCAGUUAUGCGCAGCUGGUCAUGGGCCCGGCGGGCAGCGGUAAGAGUACGUACUGCUCGACCAUGGUCCAGCAUUUGCAGGCGUCGAACCGCUCAGUCCAUGUGGUUAAUCUGGACCCAGCUGCGGAGCACUUUGACUACCCGGUCAUGGCAGACAUCCGUGAGCUCAUCUCGGUGGAUGAUGUCAUGGAGGAUGACUCGCUCAGAUUUGGCCCUAAUGGAGGUCUGGUGUUCUGUAUGGAGUACUUGGCCAACAAUUUUGACUGGCUGGAGGAGAGCCUGGGUCACUCUGAAGAUGAUUACAUAUUGUUUGACUGUCCAGGUCAGAUUGAACUUUACACACACCUUCCUGUGAUGAGGCAGUUGGUGGAGCAGCUUCAGCAGUGGGAGUUUCGGGUUUGCGGGGUCUUUUUGGUCGACACGCAGUUCAUGGUGGAGUCUUUCAAGUUUAUUUCAGGAGUCAUAGCUGCUCUCAGUGCCAUGGUGUCGUUGGAAAUUCCUCAAGUAAACAUCAUGACAAAAAUGGACCUGCUUAGUCCCAAAGCCAAGAAAGAAAUUGAAAAGUACUUGGACCCAGACUUGUACUCGAUGAUGGAAGAUAACUCUGAUAGCAUCAGAAGCACAAAAUUCAAGAAGCUGACCAAAGCUAUCUGUGAGCUUAUAGAUGACUACAGUAUGGUAAGAUUCCUGCCUUUUGACCGUACAGACGAGGAAGGUAUUAACAUAGUACUGCAGCACAUCGACUUCUCCAUACAGUAUGGAGAAGACCUGGAGUUCAAGGAACCUAAGGAUGUUGACGAAGAGCCAGCUAACCUUAAUUAUGAUGAAAUAUUCCAAGAUCCAGUCAGCAGCUGAAAUUAAUGUGAACCUGGGGAGGCUGAGAGAAGUUCAAGCUCAUGCCAGAAGCCAUGCAGAAGUCCAUGCAGAGUUGCACCUGACUGCAUUUCCUGAAAAACAAAUAUAGAUGUGUAUUUUCAUAUUUAAAACUUAUUGCAUAAUUUACGCAAAAUAAAAUCCUUUUUUUUUUUUCCUUUUCCAUCAUUUUAGAACAAUGUAGAAAGUUUAAAUACCUAUUACUAAAUGUUUUUAUUAAUGUUACAGGGGGUACUGUGGCGCAGCUGGUAGUGCGAAAAUUGAAGAGAAUUGAACCCAGAAGGUCCUGUGUUCAAUUCUCGCCGGGGACACUGUGGGUGCUGAGGGCGUGUUAAGUUCCCCCAUGACUUCAGCACCACACCCUGGGUGGGGUUGGGGAAAGGGCCUUUCUGUGUGGAGUUUGCAUGUUCUCCCCGUGUUCUCUUGGUAGCUAAUGUGAGCUACCCUCUAGGGCUGGGCGAUUUUGGACGAAAAUAAAAUCCCGAUUUUUUUUUUUUUUUCUCUGAAAACCCGAUUUUCGAUUUCGAUUUUUUUGGUAAAACUACAAAAGACAAUGGACAAUGGAAUAGAUUGUUUAAAAUAUUUUAUCUUUAUUUUUAAAGAAAAAUAGCAAACAAAUUUCCCUAUUGGGAAUGAAGUGCAAUUGAAAGAUACUGUAAAUCCUCCUUGAGUUUAGUAAAGUGACAACAUUUACAAUUUUCUUGACCAAACAAAGAUGACUAGACGAGCUAUGUCUGUAAUGCAGCCAGCUGCAAAAAAGGAAAAUCGAUUUUCCGAUUUUCCUUUUUUAACAUCGAUUUUGAAUAAUAAAUACGAUUUAGAUUUAAAAUCGAUUAAUCGCACAGCCCUACUGCCCUCACACAAACAUGCAACAGUCCUGGGCUAUACAUGCCCCCUCUAGCCAACCGGGGCGCCCGUUGGGGUGGGAUCUGGCCGGAAUAACGUGAUCCUUCCACACCAGAGAAGCCCCACCAUGUCAAGUGAAAAGAAGCGGCCUGCUCACUCCUCAAGUUAGUUGACUUGAGCUCAGUGCAUGGCCCUCCUGGUGUUGUUAGAGGGAGAGCCAUGCCCAGGACUGAAUUAGAUAGGAGAACUGGGUGAUAAAAUGGGGGUGAAAAAAUCGGAAUAAGAAAAUGUUU